UACUAUUGAUUUAACAUCGAUUACAUCUCCAUUUAACUACAACAACCAAGACCAUAUAUCAUUGCAAAUACCUUGAAAUAUUUAAAUGGAGUAAACCUUUGUAUAAAUCUGCAAUCACAUAUUUCAAAAUCGAUUGUAAUCAGAUGUGCCUCGCUUGUAAUUCUAAAAAUGUCAAUUUAACUUAAUCAUUCUUCAAUAUGAGGAUUUCUGUGGUAUACCAUCCAGAUUUUUUCUAAGUUUUCCGCCUUUGAAAUUUCAUAACGAUUCUAAUAAAUACAUUUACCCUGAUCAAUCUCAUGUUAGAACUUAUACCAAAACCUUAUCUACAUGUCUGAAAUUUUAUUUGGGCAGUUGUAUAACACUGGCCUAGCACGUAUAUACAUAUAGAUAGAUAGAUUUUAUAUGAAAUAUGCGUGUAUUAUAUGAGUGCCUGUCAUUGUGAGGAAAUACAUACUAAUUGCUGGUCCACCAUUAGCAGUUGCGUUGAAGCAUUGGCCUUGUCGAUCGUGCGGACGUGAAUUGUUCAUCAUCUUUCAUGCCAUGGUAAUGGAUCGCUGUCUUGUUACUGGCUUCAAGAACCAUAAGAGUUAAUAAUCAGACCCUCUUUUUCUUAACAAUAUAUCUAACGAGAGAAGAUUCUUUCAGCAAUUGUUAUUGUAACAAGGGGUAUUGGAAACAACGACUGAUAAUGCGCAACUGUAGAGAGUCCGUGCAUGUGGCCUUCUUCUCAUCUUGCACCUUCGACAAGUUUUCUCAAACAGUGUUAUAUGACUGAGCAUUUAGAGUGUAUUGAAAAUUGAUUAUUGGAAUUUUAAUAGCACCAUACGUCUUGAUAUUGAGUGGCCAAUUAUAUUACCGAUGCUUCGAAUGUCCUCGUUUCAAAACUCCUAAAAUAUUCAUUCAUUUUCGUAUAUUUAUGGUACAAUAAUCCUGUGUACCUAGGCCGACCUUCCCUGUAUGUAUAAGUUACUUACAAACCACUUCACUCGCAUUAUAUCUAUCUACUGCAUGUGGUGAAAUUCUCGGGCUUGGACACUCAAAACAAGAUUUGUAUAUCAUCAACUUACAAAUCAGACUCGAGUUUUUUUCUGAAGUCUGUAAACAAGUUGGUCGUCGAUAACCAUUGCAUAAGUGGCUGUAUGUGUGUUUUUGUGUGUGUGUUAUGAAUAAAUGAUUACUGUGGGUAGAGGAACAACUGCACAUGUACGCAGCCAAGAGAGAGAUGACCUGACUAGACCCUCGGCACUUGAGGUCGGUUCACAGAGGAGUCGACCAGCGCUCCCUCUCGAAACUCAGCAUGGAACGGACAUGGAGAUCUCGUGCGACGCCAUCAUGCCACCGCGGGAAAGUCUGGGAGAUCUUGGUGACGGCGAUUGCUGCAGCGCUCUUCGUGUGGCAGGUCGAACUCAACGUCGAGGUCUUCCUUGAUCGCCCCACCGUCUUCUCCGUUAUUAUCAAGGCGGACCCGAACUUCCAGCUCCCCCCCGUCACCGUGUGUCCCCAUCCUGCCUUCGAGCCCUCUGUGCUCAGGCGCCUUGGAGCGAACGUUUCUGGGAAUUACGAGCAGGUCGGGGAGGCUCUUCUUAAACUCGCUGGCCUGAACGACAGCCUGACGGCGGCGCAGCUUUGGCAAGAGGCUCAGUGGAGUUUAGGCCAGAUAGUUAAAAUGGUGAUGUUUGAAAAUGUUUCUGUGAAUUACAAAAAAGACGCAAGUGAGGCUCCGCACUGGCGGAGGUCGUACUCUCCUCUGGGCCCGUGCUUCACCUUCAUUCCUCCGCCGGGUGAAACUAAUGUGAAGAUUGGUCUACACAAUAUACCCAGCGUUGAACGUUGUUCUUGGGUCAAUAAACAGGACCAAUUAGUAAAUUACAAUGGCUUAUCUUCCCAGUGUGAUAAUGUUCUGAAAAAAUGCAAUUCAACUUGUGGCUUCGAGAAUUAUGUGUUAUACAGGAGGUCUGCUCUUAAAGCUGCUUUUGUCUACUUUCACACUAAAUCCGCUUAUGAUGCCUUAGCGCAAAAAAACGUCUUUGAAUUUUCUAACAAGCUCUUUGAAGGAAGCCACAUUUUGAAACGACUCGAAAGCAUGCCAAACCUAAGAUGCCAAACACAACAAAUAGAAAACUCACUCGUAAAGGGGAAUUGCGUGCCUUCCGCUUAUGCUCACAGUGCGUGCCAUCACAAGCACCAGAGGUCCCAAGCACUUCAUAAACUCGGUUGCCUCCCAGUUCGAGCUUCGGCCUUUCAAGACCCCAUCAACAAAACCUGCAGCUCUCCGAGUCUUAUUCAAGAACUGUUUGAGCUCGACAAACAGCUAAAGAGUUGUCCUCAUAGUUGCUUUCAGAGGAGAUGGAAACACGUCAUAUCUGAGGCAUGGGGUCCGGAAUUUAUGGUAGUUUUAGAGGCAUCAACAACAGAUCUGAGGCAAGAGAAGGAGCUGGAAAUAUAUCCAUUAGCUCAGCUCUUCUCUGACAUUGGUGGGAGUUUGGGAUUAUUCCUUGGCAUAUCGAUAUUUCAUGUAUGGAAUCUCGGCGUGCAAAUUGGGUUUACCAACCAAAAGAGGGAUUUCAGCCACGUAGGAAAACUACUGAAAUAUACAGGAAUGUUGACAGCGUGUUUGGCAACGUCUGUUCACUGUCUCCAAGAGCUUAAAAUGUUUAUGUCACAACCAGUGUUAACGUCGGUUUCCUUAGGACCGCUGUCGGGCGAGGCCGACGACCUCAUCGUGGCCCUCGCCCGCCGCCUUGCCAGCCGAGCCCUUGACUGCCGCCCGCAAGAAGCACCGCUCAUGGACUGCCAUAUUCAGUGCUUGUUGGAAGGAUCGACAAAGGAAGUCAUGAGUGCUAUCCCGUUCAUCAACGUUGAUGAUCUGCCGCCUUGCAAGGCUCCAGGUUUCGCGAUCCCGUCCCGUGACUACGUUAUACCAUCGGAGACGCUCAUGGUGACUUCCUCUAGACAUUUUAAUUCGUGCAUCAAGUCGUGUGUAGCAUUGCACGGAACUAGUAACACAAGCAGUUUCGCUAAAUACAUGCGCGUUGACCAGCAUUAUCGCUCUUAUGACCUCGUCCGUCUGAUUUGUAGCAUUGGAGGAAUAAUUGGACUUUACUUCGGGUAUUCUGUUUUUCAGGCAGUAGAUUUAUGUGAUCGCAUCUGGUGUGCGGGGCGUGAAUUGAAUUUCCGUUCAGUCCACAUUAGAAGAUUUCUGAAGUUCUGCAUUUUCUUGUUUGGUUUGGUCGUUGCUUUUCUCAGAAGUCACAGGUUUCUCAUGCAGCAUCAGGUCUCGACGUCCAUCUUCCCCAGCCACAUCGUCCCGCUGGUGGUGACAGUAUGCAGGUGGCCGCCCCUGAGCUUCCCGCAUCUUGCUUCUUACAUGGGCAGCAACAUCACCCUUGACAGUAUUCUUGAAAAACCCUUGGAACGACGUCAAGAGGCAGUCCUUCAGCUUCUCGAAAGCAUAGAAGGGAACUGGCCGGGCUCCUUAGAAGAUGUCUGGCGUGCAGCGGCCUGGAACAUUACGGAUGUGAUCGGAGGUUAUUCGAUACGUUUCAGCGAAGGAUAUUACUUUGACUCCAUCUGUGAUUCUGACUCCGACUGCUCCGAUGUGUGGAAACCGGUCGUAACGCCUCUUAACCGAUGCUUCUCCAUGAACACAACCUACAAGAAUAAGAUGUUCUCUGAGAUGCUCUUGCAGCUCCGUGACGAUAUAGAAAAAAAAGAUGUCUACCACCAUACGCCUCAGGUAUACUUUCUCCUCCACCCUUCGGGCAUCCCUCCUUUAUUGACAGACAUGGUCCCCAAGCAUCCCGCCAUGUCUGAAACUGCCUCCGUAUAUUCGGCGACAUACGAGCCUCUACAAAGAAGCGAAGUGAGGAAUCGUAACACGAAUCUGAAUUACGAGACUUGUGUCCAGCGAUGUGUCGGGGACGGCCUGGGCGGCGCUUUCAAGUGCCGUCUUCCUUACAUUGCCUGGCGGCCCGACUUGCCACUCUGCAACCAAACGCAGUAUUCCUUCAUCCCGCGUCACUUCAAAGGCCUGGAGGACGUUGGCCAGAAGUUCCAUGGCCUCAACACCAGCGCAGAAGAAUUGAGUUCCCUCCUCAAUCUAGAAGGCGACUGUUUCAUCUCCUGCCGACAUCUCCGCAAGACGUUCUACACUCUGAAGACAGAACGCGUGCCCUCCCUUUAUCCGAGCCUGACCGUGCGACCGCUGGCGGACACGCUGCAAACACGGGAGACGGACACCCUCACUUUCGCUCAGUUCAUUAGCGACUUAGGAGGCAUAGCUGGGGCAUCUGUUGGAUUCUCUCUCCUCUUUCUCUUGAGGGAUCUGUUGCCCAGAACCAAACUCUCGUGAUAUAUGUGAUCACUGAAGCUGGAAUGCUACAUUAAUUGCACUGCAUGUUAUGUCGUCAAACCUACCAACGGUUCUAUUAGAUGAUGUUGAAAAGUAGCUUGUUCUCUAUGUAGGAAACGUUUUUGAACCUCGGAUAUAAUUCAUACAUGAUUAGUCUGUAAUACAGGUAUACUCCUACCCUUUUUACAUCCUUUCAGUUAGUAGAUUUUGCUAAUCAAAAUAAGGUAGUUCUUUCAAUCUAUCAUUUGAGCCCCACGUAUGAUUGCCAAAUCCAAAGUAAUCUGAUAGGAAUGAAAUUUCCAUUAUCAAAUAUUCGAGUGAUAUUAACAAAUCGAGACUUCAUUUGUGGCUAUAAUGUGGGUGAAAAGGUAACAAAACUGAUAUUUGUAAUGUAAAAAUUUAUUACCAAUAUACAAAAAGUACA